UAGAGUAAGUAAAAGGCAAGGGUUUUGAGGAGGUUUUAAGCGUAAAAAGAAUCUCAAAAACGCGGCCACAGUAAGCUGAACUCAAACGCAAUGUCUCCGCCGCAGAAUCAACCCGAAAACAACCAAUCCGAUGCCAAAUCUUCAGAUCCUUCCCUCAAUCAACUACCUCCGGAGUCUCCCGAGCCAGAACUCGCCGGAGGGGAAGAACAGGAGGAAGAAGGCGAGUGCGGAUUCUGCCUAUUCAUGAAAGGAGGCGGUUGCAAAGACACUUUCAUCGAUUGGGAAAAUUGCGUGAAAGAAGCCGAAGACAAAAACGAAGACCUUGUUGAAAAGUGCGCUCAGGUAACGGCAAAGUUGAAGCAGUGUAUGGAUUCUCAUUCAGAUUACUAUGAACCCAUUCUUAGGGCGGAGAAGCACGCGGAAGAGCAAGUUGCUAUUGAGUUGGAGAAGGAAAAGCAGGAUUCAGAGGAAGCCCCUUCUCAAUCUAAUCAAAACGACCAUGAGUUGGAGUUGAAGGCUACGCCGACACCCCCAAAGCAAGAUGAAAAGGACCAGUCCAAUUUAGAAGCAGAAAAACGUUCUCCUGAUCAACCAGCUUCGGAGGCUCCAAAAUCAAAAGACAAAGAGGAAGUGAAAGAGGAGGAAGGUGAGUGUGGAUUCAUGAAAGGAGGCAGUUGCAGAGACACCUUCAUCGAAUGGGAGAAUUGUGUGAAAGAGGCGAAGAACAAAGAAGACAUCGUUGAAAAGUGCUCUCAGGUCACCUCCCUUUUGAAGCAGUGUAUCAAUUAUUUUGCACCCAUCCCUGUGGCGGAGAAAGAAAAACUAGAUUCGGCAACCAGUAACAAUGAACGGGAAGCCCCCUCUCAUUCUAACCAAAAGUGAUAAUUAUUUUUCAUGCUUAUUUUUUUCAAAAUCAUUAUUAUAUUAGUAUUACCUUUUUACAGCAUUCCCAUAUUCCAAUAGAUAACAUAUCUAUUUAAAACUUGUUACUGGCAAUUUUUUGGUGAAAUUUUGGAUUUUUUA